AUGCUGUUUCACCGAACUCUAGCCAGUAUCUGGUGCUUCGGUAGUGCAGUUUCCUCAUGGCAGCACACCUUUACUGCUGGAGGCUUUACGGAUUGCGAUCAGCCAUGCUUCACGACAGAUGUUUCUGCCUACCAGACCGUCAAAGGCCCGGUCUGGAUGUCAACAUCUCCACGAGACCACAUGACCCGAUCUCUAUUGUCCGCCGUUAAUGGAUCGUCAUGGGAACAGUGGUAUUUCGAUAUGGUAUCCUCGAAAGCCGACGAGUCACUUAUGAUGUGUGUGUCCCGCGAUGCGUCCUACACUAUGAUGGGCCAGGGCGUCCUACGGAUCGAGUUCUUCGUCAUGCUCGCCAACGGCACCAUACUCGGCGGGCCUGAAUUUGUGGACCAAUCUCGCGUCGAAGAUUGUUGCGGCCACGUCCGUGGCGUAUGGAAAGGUCCUGACCGGUGGUACGCCUUCACAAUCUCCCGCGACCUGAGUCACAUUGAAGGCAACUUUGAACGCCCAGGUAUUCGCGGCCGAUUUGUUCUCGACGCCAUCACUCCCGGCCGUUACGCUGAUGGCUCCACGUGGCCGUCUACCACGGCGAAUCAUGAAGUUUCUCCUAUGUUACGUAUCGCUGAGCCGAUGUCUGCAGGCCGAGCCAAGCUUGAGCUCAUUUUGGACGGCGAAGAACCUAGAGUCAUUGAGGGGCUUGGAGGUCACAACAGAUUUUGGUCGUCCAAAGAUUGGUUCAGUCUGGUGAGCAAGUGGAAUGUAGGUCGCGCCACUGUCGGCCCCUAUCACAUAACCAUCUGGGAGGAUGUCUCCAAACUCGACGGAAAAAAGUACCAGGGCAGCAUGCUGUUCAAAAACGGCGAGCCCCUAGUGCGAGCAAGUGGAGUCUUGCUGCCGAACACUUCCGAAUCGACCCCUCAAACGGAUCAUCUCCUUAUGAGCCGUCGUUAUGGUGGCGAUAUUCACAGCAACUGGGGCGACAAGUCUACCGGCUGGACAUUGGACUUCGUGUCCCCUAGUCGCGGCCAGCGAUGGACAUUUGAACUAGAGCACAAGACACGCCCUUUUGAGGUAGGAUUGGGCGAGAACAGAGGUUUGGCAGGCUACACAGAAGUCGUUUCCGGCGGCGAAGUAGGCGGCGAGCAGUUUGACUUGGGAUAUGGAUGGACGGAGCUGGUUGACCUACCACAAACGUUCUCACUCAAGUUGAUGAUAGGCGUAUGGUGGCAAAUGGCGAGUUCCGGAAAUCUCUUGUUAUUCAUGUGGAAGAUGGUCAGCGCGCCACUCAGAAGUGGCUGA